AUGAAGAAGACAACCCAGCAGCACCAGCCCCAGCACCAUCGCCGGAACCCUAACCGCAUCAGCAACAACUCGGUGCUUCGUAUAUUACAAGGCCUAAUAUUCUGCCGCCGCCGCAACCUCGGCAGCCACCUCCUCCCUUUCUUCUCUGCCCUCGUGGGUUGUUUUCUUUUUCUUUUUGCUUUCGUAUCAUUUCUAUCUCCACCAAUCAACCACCACCAUGUCCAUCAUUUCCAUUAUAACCAUAGCUUGCUUGAUGACGAAAUUGAUUUCCAAUCACAUAUUGGAAAUACGUCAACUUUUCUUGUUCCCAGAGCAGGAGGGAGUUUAGGAGAUGAAAUAUGGACGUUGAGUCAAUCAAAAUUCCAUCACGGUUGCUCCCAAAAAAGUGAAACUUUUCAAGAUGGGGACGCGAAAACAAAUCCCGAAAGGUUCUUGCUGAUCGUCACAAGUGGCGGUUUGAAUCAACAACGAACUGGGAUAACGGAUGCUGUUGUUGCAGCUUAUAUGCUUAACUCAACAUUAGUUAUUCCGGAGUUAGAUAAUAGAUCGUACUGGAAAGAUCAAAGCAACUUUUCCGAUAUUUUUGAUGUUGACUGGUUCAUAACGUAUCUUUCAAAAGACGUUAACGUUGUAAAACAACUCCCAACCAUCGAUGGAAAAUCCCUUCACCCUUAUCGAACUCGGAUACCCCGUAGGUGUGAUGCAGAAUGCUAUGAAUCUCGUGUCGUACCACUUCUCGAGAAGAAAAAGGUUGUUAAGCUUACAAAAUUCGAUUACAGGCUCGCAAAUAAGUUGGAUACCGAUUUACAGAAGCUCAGAUGCCGAGCCAAUUAUCAUGCUUUAAGGUAUACGAAUCCUAUACGGGAAAUGGGCAAAAAGUUAGUCGAACGAAUGAGGAUGAAAAGCAAUCGUUACAUCGCACUGCAUUUGAGAUUUGAGUCUGAUAUGCUUGCGUUUUCCGGAUGCUACUUUGGUGGUGGAAACAAGGAACGACGAGAGUUGGAACAAAUACGAAAGAGAUGGGAAACGUUACAUAAACAAAGCCCCGAUAGGGAACGAAGGCAAGGGAAAUGCCCAUUGACGCCAGAAGAAGUCGGGCUUAUGCUAAGAGCAUUAGGAUAUGGGGAGGAUGUUCACAUCUACGUGGCAUCGGGUGAAGUUUAUGGAGGCGAAGAUACAUUAUGGCCAUUGAAACAACUCUUUCCUAAUUUCCAUUCAAAGGAAUCUAUUGCGACUAAAGAAGAGUUAGCACCAUUUGCACAGUACUCUUCGCGAAUGGCCGCUCUAGAUUUCAUUGUUUGUAAUGAGAGCGAUGUUUUUGUCACCAACAACAAUGGUAACAUGGCUAAAAUGUUAGCGGGGAGAAGGAGAUACUUUGGGUACAAGCCAACGAUCAGACCAAACGCCAAGAAACUUUAUCGAUUGUUCUUGGAUCGUGGUAACAUGACAUGGGAAGAAUUCGCUUCAGGAGUUCGAACUCAUCAGAUUGGAUUUAUGGGACGACCAAAUGAGUCUAAGCCGGGAAAGGACGAGUUCCAUGAAAAUCCAAUCGCAUGGGUGGUUGUGCGAAUUCUACAUGUACACACUCCAGGUCCAUGGGAUGACUCCUCCGUCCAGAACUCUUGGGACACCAGUUGGGACACCGAUUCCAUCUUUGUGUGCUUUUGUGGUUUACUCGCAUGCUCCUUGGCGGCUUUUAGCUGGAUCUGGGGUUGUGCAUGGCCAAGCCCAUUCUUUUCCAAUGCCAAGUCUUUUGCCUUAGAGUUUUCCACUAGUAUACACCAAGUGUAUAGAUUUUUGGCGUUUCCCCUAAGGGCGGCCUGA